CUGACACUGACGUGUGCUUUUCGCCAAACUUUGUUUACUAUUCAUUUGGGGGGUGAAAUAGAGAAAAAUUAACAGGGAAGAUUUACCAAAAAAGAAUCAAAUAGAAAUGAGCGCCCCCCAGCAGCAACAACAACAAAUUCAAGCUAAAAGUAGAGAAGAUAAUAAUAUAUCGACACGCUAUGCCAUUUUAUCAGUAUUUUUCAUAUUCAUCGCCUCACUGGGCGCCCUACUUAUUGUUUACGGAUCAUUCCCCCACGUGACAGAAGAAGAAAGCCAUUAUAUCAAAAUGCCUUGGAAUAUAGAAGAAGCGAAACAAUUAGGAAUCGUACUGAAUCGUUACAAAGCCAACCAUUACUAUCACGUAAUGGCGGCAGUAUUUUUGUCGUACAUUUUUCUACAAACAUUUGCAAUUCCAGGCUCACUAUUUCUGUCAAUCCUCUCAGGAUACUUGUUCCCAUUCACGGUGGCCUUGAUUUUAGUUUGCACGUGUUCCAUGCUGGGGGCGACACUGUGCUUCAUGCUGUCGCAAAUUUUAGGUCGCAGACUGGUUUUGAAAUAUUUUCCUGAGAAGGCGUCGCAAUGGAAACAAAAAGUCGACCAGCACAAGGACAACUUGUUCAACUACAUGGUGUUUUUGAGAAUUACGCCGCUGUUGCCGAAUUGGUUUAUUAAUCUGACGGCACCUGUCAUUGGCGUACCGCUAGUGCCAUUCGCUGUCGGGACUUUUAUAGGUGUGGCGCCACCGUCGUUUUUUGCCAUCCAAGGCGGCCAAACGCUACACUUGAUGACAGUAGAAGAUUCGGCAUGGAAAAGUGGCUCCCUCUUGUGGUUGACGGUUUUUGCCGUAAUAUCGCUGUUGCCAAUUUUACUAAAAAAACGACUGUAAAUAAAAAGAAAAAGUUCCUGUUGUUGCAAAAAUAUAUAUGUUUUAUUCAAUUUGUGUCAAAAUAUAAAAAUAAUCUAAAUCUAACGAGAUAAACAAAAAUUUUAAAGUAUAGGUAUCACCCUGGUAGUAGCUUGGAGCCAAACAAUUUUACAGUGUUGUCGAUAUUAUUUACUUUUCAGGCAAAAUCGACGUUUAAGGUUGAAGCAACUACAUAAUCCUAAAAUCUACAUAACAAUAAAAUCGAAUUUUAGUCCUCUUGUUCAAAAUCCUUUAACAAAUUUCUUCUACACUUGACAGUGCCCUCAUAGAUAAUCAAAUAAAAAGUACUAUCUUUGAUGUCAUUAUUAUUAACUUCGUAGCCCAAGUGCACUUUGCAUUGCCGCCUCCAUUUGGUUUCAGGUUGCAACUUUUUCAAACUUCUCCUGUGAAACUCAAUUUCACCUUCGCUAGUCAAAUAUUUGACUCUCUGGUUAUCAGAAAAUUCGUUUUCAUUUUCCAAAACAUCAAUAUUGUCAUUAGCGUCUAAUUCCUUGAUAAGUUUGGGGCGUUUUUCUUCAAACUUUGGCUGAGAAAUCAUUGGCCGUUUUCUACUGGUUGAAGCCACUUGGAUGGGUUUUUCAGGUGUUUGCAUUAAGGUAGGCCGAGGAGGGCUCAGCAAGGCCAUUCGUCUUGUGGUGGGUCUCGAACUUUCCAGCACGACUUUGUGCGUGUCUCGGAAGCCGAUUUUAUCAGUCGACUGACAUUUGUUCAAAUGGUGUUUCAAGGGGUUGACUUGGAGUUUGAUGAAGUUGGCAACAUUUGCUUGGCCUUUGACAGUUUGUCCGAACCAGUCCAAUGUGACAUCAUUGGACAGGUAAUAUUUUAGGUAGUUUCUGGAGUUGUCUAUUAGAUCUGUCCAGAAAUCACAGACUGUUUGAGGUAGUGGGUCCAUGUUGACAA